AUGGACGUCAACCCCCUGUUCUCCCUCGAGCCAUCGCUCCAUGAUGCUUCUUCCUCUACUGCCUCCCUCCCUGGCGCGUUCGACGGUGCCGCCGGUCUCAACACAGCGCCGUCCCAACACCCUCCUCCCACUGCCUCCUCCCUCCAGACAGUAAACAUCAAAUCCCACAUUCCGGCGAUCCUAGACCUCGCCAAUCCCAAUUAUCCAGAAUGGCAUUGCUUUCUUGAUUUAGUCGUCGGCAAGUUCGGGCUACAUUCUCAUCUCGCCGCUCCGCCGACAGUCAGUCAGCGUGCCGAUCCAGAAUGGCUCAUGAUCGAUCAUUGCAUCAUCAACUGGCUGUACAAUACGGUGUCGCGCGACAUUCUCCAAAUUGUCCGUGCGCCCGGCGCGACGGCGCACUCGAUCUGGACGGCAAUCCUCGACCUCUUCCGCGACCACCAUCUUCACCGCGCUGUCUACCUUGAGGCUGAAUACCGCAGCCUCACUCAAGGCGACCUCAGCGUCACCGAUUACUGCGCCAAGCUCAAACAACUCGCCGAUGCUCUCUGUGAUAUUGGCCAGCCUGUGCCCGAGUCGUCCCAGGUGCUAAACAUGCUUCGCGGCCUCAACGGCAAGUUUCGUCACGUCAUCUCCGCCAUCACUUCCAAGCAACCGCCACACACCUUCUUGUCUGCUCGGUCUCACCUUCUGCUGGAGGAGCUGUACGACUCCCAAUACACCAAGAUGGCGGCCAAUCAGGCUCUGGUGGCCACGGCCGGCGCCAGGCCCCCUACUCCGACAAGCGUCGUCAACACCAGCACUGAACAUGGCAGUCAGUCCGGCUCCGGCAACUCCUCCUCUGGCGGCAACCGCGGCCUUCGUCGCGGCCGUGGCCGUGGCUCAGGCAAUACCGGUGGCCCUAGCGGCGCCGGGCCUACUCCGCCACGACCACCGUUUUCUCCUUCGCCCUGGACGGCCGGGUUCAAUCCCUGGACGGGCAUGGUCCAGGCGUGGCCCAUGACAUUCCGCGCUCCAGGGACUGGCGUGCUUGGCCCGCGCCCUGCCACUCCGCCACAGCAAGCCUUUUACGCCGGCUCGUCUCCACCAGCCACCGGACAAACCUGGGAGCCCAACGCCCUCCUCGCCGCGCUGUCUACUGCCGGAGUCCCUCCGGCUGGCUCAACUCCGUCCGACUGGUUCCUCGACACCGGCGCUUCUUCUCACAUGAGCUCGGCGACUGGCGCCAACUCCACCCGAUCAAUCGCCCGCGCUACCACAGCACUCAAGAUCGGCCCCGCCACAACGACGACUUCCUGCUACGCCUACACCGCCCGUGUCGCCAUCUUCACCGACCCACUCGGCGCCCCCGACGUCAAGCUUGCAGUGGAGACCUGCCUCCCCACUGGUGUCUCCUGCUUCGCCACCAUCGCCCGAGUCACCGCCGACUGCGUGCUCGCCCUCAACGGCCUCACCGAAUGCGUCUCCUGCAUCACCACCGACCGUGGCUUCACCGACUGCAUCUUCCACGCGUUCUGCAUCGCCGACUUCACCAGGUCUUCAACCGGCUGCACCGAGCUCGCCAUCCAUUGA